AAUCUCUUGAUUCAAUUUUAUUCAUUAAUGUUGUUUCAUUUUUUUUAUCACCAAAGCUUUUAAUAGAGUACCUUGAAGAGUGUGAUUUUAUUUUUGUCUCUAUGGUAAUUAUUCUUAUAUGCAAAGUAUAGUUUCAAGGGCCUAUAUAUAUGUGUAUGUUUUUGUGCACUCUUUAGGUAACUAAACUUAAGUGGAGUGUACCUUCUUUUCUUUAAGUAUUUGUGAGUUGAGUUUUGAGUGAGAGCAUCAAUGGCUUUUUUCAUGGCAAUUGUUGGUAUAUUCUUAGUUCUCUGUUUUUGCUCUGCCCUUUUGAGGUGGAAUGAAGUUAGAUAUAGAAAGAAAGGUUUGCCACCUGGCACUAUGGGGUGGCCACUUUUUGGAGAGACAACUGAAUUUCUUAAACAAGGUCCAAACUUUAUGAAAAACCAAAGAGCAAGGUAUGGAAGUUUUUUCAAAUCACAUAUACUUGGUUGUCCUACCAUUGUCUCAAUGGAUCCAGAACUUAAUAGAUACAUCUUAAUGAAUGAAGCAAAAGGUCUUGUUCCUGGAUAUCCUCAAUCUAUGUUAGAUAUUUUAGGAAAAUGUAAUAUUGCAGCUGUUCAUGGCUCCACUCACAAGUACAUGAGAGGAGCACUUCUUUCCAUUAUUAGCCCUACAAUGAUCAGAGAUCAAAUUUUGCCAAAAAUUGAUGAGUUUAUGAGUGAUUUCCUAAGCAAUUGGGAUGACAAAAUCAUCAAUAUUCAAGAGAAAACUAAAGAGAUGGCCUUCCUCUCAUCUCUGAAGCAGAUUGCUGGGAUUGAUAUAGAAUCAAGCUCACUUGCUGACUCUUUCAAAACAGAGUUUUUUAAGCUUGUUUUAGGAACCAUUUCCCUACCUAUUAAUCUUCCUGGAACAAAUUACCACAGAGGAUUUCAGGCAAGGAAGAAUAUAAUAAGCAUUUUGAGUAAGGUACUUGAAGAAAGAAGAGAAUCAAAUGAAACUCACAAAGACAUGCUUGGUUUUUUAAUGGCAAAAGAUGAAAAUAGGCACAUGCUAAAUGAUGAAGAAAUAAUUGAUUUAGUGAUUACACUUAUGUAUUCUGGUUAUGAAACUGUUUCAACCACAUCAAUGAUGGCUGUGAAGUAUCUCCAUGAUCAUCCCAAAGCUCUUCAAGAACUUAGAAAAGAGCAUUUGGCAAUAAAAGAGAGGAAGAAGCCAAAUGAACCAAUUGAUAGCAAUGAUAUCAAAUCAAUGAGAUUUACUCGUGCGGUGAUUUUUGAGACAUCUAGAUUAGCCACAAUAGUAAAUGGAGUUCUAAGGAAAACCACUCAAGAUAUGGAAUUAAAUGGCUACUUUAUUCCUAAAGGGUGGAGAAUAUAUGUGUAUACAAGAGAGAUAAAUUAUGACCCUUUUCUAUAUGCUGACCCACUAACAUUCAAUCCAUGGAGGUGGAUGGAUAAGAGUCUAGAGUCACAAAAUUACUUUUUAAUAUUUGGAGGUGGCACAAGACUUUGUCCAGGAAAAGAAUUGGGAAUCACUGAAAUUUCAACAUUUUUACACUACUUUGUAACUAGAUACAGGUGGGAAGAAGUAGGAGGAGAUAAACUAAUGAAAUUUCCUAGAGUUCAAGCACCAAAUGGAUUGCACAUAAGAGUUUCAUCUAACUAGCCAGUGACUUUAUGUACAGUAAUAAUAAUAAUAUAAUAUUAAUAAAA